AUGUACGAGCGCUGCCGGGAUGAGCUUUUGACGCAGUACAUCGACACAUACCGUGGGGCUUCCGUGGAGGGUGGAACGGGCGAUUCCACCUUUUGGAAAUCCCCGCCGAGAGGGGGAGGGGGAGGGAUGCAUCCUCAACUCCGCGCGAUCACCCAGACAGGGCUUUCCAAGGAGGUGCUCUACGUCGUCGGGAUGGAGUAUCGCCGGGUGGUGCGGUAUUUCGAUGCGUCGGAGGCCCCUUCGGGCGUCGGUUUCGUCAAGGGGGAGGGGAAAGGCGUUUCUCUACCCCGCCUGAUCAUUUCGCGCGUGCAGGAUUACCUCACCGAGGUCGGUCCGCAUCGUUGGCAGAGGAAAUACACCAAACUACGGCAGCUCGUCAAGAUCCGAGGCUCCACAUUUAAGAAUAGUGAAUCCAUGGUGGAUAUGGCGUGGUAUAUGGGGGUGGAGGAGCUUGAGCGGACGGCGUACGAAAUCGCCUUUGCGAUCUUAUUCGAUCCGCAACUGAGCGAAGAGGAGGUGUGGCGACGUCGUGAGGCGUUGCUGGCGUUAUCGGAGCUUUUCAUCCACCAUGGGCAGCCCUACAAGGGCGCGAAUCCGUCGACGAUCGAUCAGCUGAUGAACUCUAUUAGGGAAUAUCAGCACCAGCGGGAGCAAAAAUCUAAUUGA